UUUUCCAAUAAAGAUGGCUGCGCCCAGACCAAAUUGCCUUCUUGUACUAAGUGCAGGAAAUGAAGGUGUUUCUGCACAAUCGUUUAUACAGGCAUACAAUCUAGCGAGCUCCAACUUCAACAUCCAAUUGGCGUCGCCAGGGGGUCGGAAUGUGGAGUACACACAACAGGAUGAGAGUAACCGGCGUUGGUUCAAUGAGUUCCGAAGCAAGGCCUCCUCUACACCUAUUGCCUUGGACACAGUUGAUGCUGCGCGGUACAGUGCCCUAUUAUUGCCCUCUGCCCCCGGAGCUCUACAAGACCUGGCCACUGAUAAACACCUAGGACAGAUUCUCUCACAUUUUGUCAAUGAGAAAAAAGGCAUCUGUGCUGUUGGACUUGGUGUAGCGGGCCUCUGUGCUGCGCGGAAAGGUGAUGGACGUACUUGGUGUUUUGACAGCUACAGUCUUACAGGUCCCUCAGUGUUUGAGCUCGCUAGAUCUGCAGACUUCCCUUCCCUUUCCAUCAUCAUAGAGGAUUUCAUCAAAGAUAAUGGUGGAAAUUAUAAUUCCAGUGAACCUGACGCUGUUCAUAUCAUCAUUGACCGCCACUUGAUCACUGGUCAGAAUGUCCAGUCAACACUGACCGCAGUACAGAAUCUAACCCUCAUGUGUGCCCCAAAGCAUGCCAAGGUGAUGAGUCCACGAUGAACUACCCAGUCGGUGUUGAAGGAGACAGAUUGGUCAGUUUUUCCGGCCAGUGUUUCUGGGGAUAGAUUGGCCAACUAUCUAGCCAUUUGUCCAGGGGACUAAUGGGUCCACUUUCUAGCCAAUUAGUAUGAUUAAGAGGAAAGAAAGGCAAUUUUUCUAAACAACAUCAUCACAGUUACCAGUACUAUUCACUCUACAGGCACUUUUGCUGGGAACAAAGGUGGCUGACUAAGUUACAUAGUAAUUGAUUAUCUACAGGGUACAAAGGUGACUUGGUUAUCUACUGGAACAAAGCUGUUCAAUUGUCUACUGUGAACAAACGUGAUUUGAUAGUCUGCUUCGAAAAAAAUGUGACAAAGGAUUAUCUACUGAAAACGAAGGUGUCUGAAUUAUCUUUUUAAAAUUAAGUGGCUGCAUCAUCUACUGUGAAUGAAGGUGGUUUCAUUAUCUACUUGAAACAAAAAAAGGUUGCAUAAUGAUCUACUUAAAAAUUAAAGUGGAUAAUUAUCAUCUGGAAAUGAAGGUGUCUGCAUUAUCCACUGAGAACAAAGGUGGUUAAGAUUGAGGUUCUACUUUACCCAAUAUUCCACCAACACUGUUUCCAAAAUUUCAUCUCUUGAGUAUGACAGCAUUUGAAAUAUAUUUUGUGAUGUUGUACCUUCCAGUAGGCUGUCGUAAGUUAUAUUAUUAGUUUGCUCAGAUAGCAUUUUAAAUUGUACAUGAAGAUUUAUUUUUAAUUUUAUUUUGUUUCAUACGUUCAGCCUCGUAUGAAAACAAAAACAAGUUGGCAAGCUAAGGUGCAAAGCAUGUUCCCAUAGGAAUGCUUAAAGACUGCUGGGAAAUCUCGCCACUGAUGAUGAACUCACCAAAAAUAUUGUCAACAAGCUUAAGGAACUCAGCAAGUUUAUUGUGGCUUUUGAAGGAAAGCUCUCAUAAUAGCAUAUGUUUUCUUUCAGUUUGAUAUGAGGUGUGGCAGUGUAAACAGACGAACUUUUGAGGAAAGAGUGUUCAAGAUUGACCUAAAGAUCUUUUGUAUUUGCAAAAUCCACAUUCCAUUAAUUUCACUUCCGGAGUAUGCAGUGUCACAAUGCGACUGUAACCCUAAAGAGUCCUCGGUAAAAUACUGUUAAUGGGGAUUCAUGUGAAGUUUUUGGAAUCAAGUAAAAACGAGGAAAGUAAAUUGUAGUUGUAAUAGUAAAUACAGAAGCAUGAUUAGCUAGUUUGUCGUAUUUCGAAUACUUGGAAAAUGUAUAGGUGAUGUUUUCUUGGCUAUCAAGCAAUCCUAAUCCUUUUUCCAAGUAGGUAAUGUAAUAGUGUCUGCAGUCAAAGAUUAAAUUAUUAGUAGCCCGAGUUUCCUCUGGUCCUGACACCAGACUUGGACAUUUUGACAGAUAGAUGUCUGCGCUAAAUUAUUAGAUGCUUUGUCCGCAGGAACAACUACAUACUUCUCUGCAGGUCGUUGAGUGUGGUUUGGACAUCGGGUUCAAGAAAUACAAACUAUUUUGUUUUCAUUAUUGAUUUCAUGCAGCUUAUUUUUGAAUGACUUUGACCCACUCUGAAUGUGAAUCCAAUAUUAUGCAGCGUGCUUUAAAUAGUUUUUAUGAAUGACUGGCGUGAUCUUCCACGAUACCCAUCAGAAUGUUAAAGUUUACUUUCCAGUUGAUAGUACUUAGUAGGAGUCUAUGGAUACUUAGACUCCUCAUAGAUUUGCAGCUCUUCAUGUCCUAGUGGACUAUAAAUGUAUGCAGAAAAUUUGGCCCUAGUAAUUUGCUGUAAGACAUCGGCAUGUAUUGCUAACCCAUGGUUGAUGGCUAGUCACAAAUGAUGUACUAGCUAGUCACAUAUGGGUUGCAGCUAGCUGUUUGUGGGUUGAAAACUACAAUCGGGUUACUCAUGGGUUUCUGACAUGUCCAUAGUUGCUACACGUAUAAGCAUAUGUCAACGCAGCCAUGGCAUUCAACAACAAUACAAUAAUGUUUUACAAUAGUUGUUGAAUUAACCAUGGAAAGAUUGUGGGCGAUUUCAUCUGUUCUCAUGUUAUAUCAAUCGUGUUUGUGUCAUACGUAAUGUCCGAUGUAUUGUGUAAGAGUGCAUGUGUACGAAAAAUGAUGUAUUGUGCAAUAUUCCAAUUUGUGAUCAACUUCAUUUUAAAUUUACAACUGGUAAUGAGAUAAUUAUCAUAAUAAAAAGAAGUAAACAUUUUAAGCUAAG